UCUUCCCCUUCCUUGUCGCCGUCGUUCUCCACCUCCACCUCCUUCACCACCUCCACCUCCUCCUCCUCUUCCACCACGUCCUCCUCCUUCACCACGUCCUCUUUCUCCACCUCCUCCUCCUCCUCCACCACGUCCUCCUCUUUCUCCACCACGUCCUCCUCUUUCUCCACCACGUCCUCCUCUUUCUCCACCACGUCCUCCUCUUUCUCCACCACGUCCUCCUCUUUCUCCACCACGUCCUCCUCUUUCUCCACCACGUCCUCCUCUUUCUCCACCACGUCCUCCUCUUUCACCACGUCCUCUUUCUCCACCACGUCCUCCUCCUUCACCACGUCCUCCUCCUUCAUCACGUCCUCCUCCUUCAUCACGUCCUCCUCUUUCACCACGUCCUCCUCCUUCACCACGUCCUCUUUCUCCACCACGUCCUCUUCCUUUGCAUCUCUUUGGAUCCAUUGUUUCAAACCUGAAUGAGCUGACUUUGGCCCUUUUAUCUAUCCAUCGCAGGUUCUGAUUGGUGUGUGCUAAAUUUUGACUCCUAGUGUUUCCACCUGGUUAAUUGUGUGCUAAUUGGGCUCAAGCUAUGCUGACUUACGUUAACAUUAUUGCAUGCUAGUGCUUUCUACAUGACUACAUGGUGUAAGCACUGUAAAAUGUAGGGAUUUGUGUGUAGAGUUUUGCAGUACCAGUUCACCAAAUUUGAGUCAUGUGUCAAAGCAGGGAAUAGUGUUUAUAGUUCAGGGAAAUGGGUGAGCUUUUUGACCAAUAGCGUUUAUGGUUUUGAAAUUUUAGUUUAGAGGCCUGGUUAUAGUGUUUAAGCAA